CAUUUUAUUCGUUGAUUAUAGAUGCAAAGUCAACAUGGAAUACCCCAUCAAACAUAUAACGCAGGGUAUGCCCAAAGAGGACCAAUGGCCGGAAUGGGGCCAGUCGGAAUGAAUAAUUUCAAUAGUAUGGGUACGAUGAGUCCAAUGCAUUCUAUGAAUUCCAUGAAUUCGAUGAACAGUAUGAAUAGUAUGAACUCGAUGAAUCCUAUGUCGAUGGGAGGUAUGAACGGUAUGAAUAGUAUGAACGGAAUGACUCCCAUGAACUCUAUGAGUAACAUGGGUAAUAUGGGCAUGAACAAUAUGAUGGGACCUAACAAUAUGCAAAUGAAUAAGAUGAGCAUGCAAGCUCAACCUCAUCAAGGCUAUCCAAGGAGAUUAGCACCUUAUCCAAAUCCUGCUAUGCAUAUGGCACAAAAGAGACAACAAAAUCCAUAUUCAAAUCCAAAUCCAGCUACGAUGCAACCAGCCUUCAAUGGCAUGUCAUCAUCGCAAUAUCCGGCCAAUUAUCCUGCUGCAGCAAGGCCGAACUUUCAACCUCAGUAUCAGCCUAUGCAAAAUAUGAAUCCAUCGGCUGCUGGUUUUGGGCCUAACUCUAUGAUACGGAGUAGUAAUAUGAGGCAAACUACGCCUUCAUACACUCCCAAUCAGACAGCGAAUAACCAAUAUUAUAAUAGCAAUGGUAUACCAGUUAGUAUGGGACCUACAACGGUUGGAAAUCAAUUUGUUGGUCAUCAACCAAACUCAGGAUAUGCCGGUAAUACAUCUUCGUAUGGUACAGCUGGUGUUGCAACCAGUCAAUAUCAACAAGAUGUUGCAUCAAUGAGAACGACAGGCACAGGGAGUCUAAAUUAUCAACAUAGUCCUAUUCCUGGUAAUCCAACUCCACCAUUGACGCCAGCCACCAGUAUGCCUCCCUAUAUCAGUCCGAAUCCAGAUAUUAAACCUAAUUUCAAUGAAAUAAAAUCACCAAUUAAUAUUCAGAAAGAUGAUGAAUUACGAUUAACAUUCCCCGUAAGAGAUGGCAUUAUUCUUCCACCCUUCCGCUUAGAACAUAAUCUGGCUGUAAGCAAUCAUGUUUUUCAAUUAAAACCUACGGUACAUCAAACAUUGAUGUGGCGAUCCGAUCUGGAACUGCAACUCAAGUGUUUCCAUCAUGAAGAUAGACAAAUGAAUACAAAUUGGCCAGCAAGUGUACAAGUCUCUGUGAAUGCUACGCCAUUAGUUAUCGAUCGUGGUGAGAAUAAAACAUCUCAUAAGCCUUUAUACCUGAAGGACGUUUGUCAACCUGGAAGAAAUACGAUACAAAUUACUGUAUCGGCAUGUUGUUGUUCUCAUUUGUUCGUACUUCAAUUAGUUCAUCGACCAAGUGUAAGAAGUGUACUUCAUGGAUUAUUACGUAAAAGAUUACUUACAGCAGAGCAUUGUAUUACUAAAAUUAAACGGAAUUUUAAUAAUACCAUUUCAAAUAAUGGUAUACAAUCGGAGAAAGAUGUCGUAGAACAAACAGCAUUAAAGGUAUCCUUAAAAUGUCCUAUUACUUUUAAACGUAUUACACUGCCAGCUAGGGGACAUGACUGUAAACAUAUUCAGUGCUUUGAUUUGGAAUCAUACUUACAACUAAAUUGUGAACGAGGAUCUUGGCGAUGUCCUGUAUGCACAAAACCUGCACAACUGGAAGGUUUAGAGGUUGAUCAAUAUAUGUGGGGUAUUUUAAACACUCUGAAUACUGCAGAAGUAGAGGAAGUUACGAUAGAUUCAAUGGCAAAUUGGAAACCAGCAAAAAAUUUAGCUAAUAUUAAAUCAGAAGAAGAAAGUGAUUGCAAAAGAAUGACAAAGGCAAUGUCACCUGGAAGUAUGAAUAUGCCUACUAUGAAUAAUUGGGAUAUGAAUCAAGCAAUGAGUCCAUACAUACCACCUGAUAUGAGUAGCAUUGUAAGUGGUUCUAUGAUGAAUAAUACUUCAACUACAUAUGGAAAUAAUAUCAAUCAUCGGAAUUCAUCGGGAGGAUCUUUCGAUAUUAAUUCUGGAACAAACACGAAUACUAGUAAUGAUUAUACUAAUGGAGCAUCAGGACCUCUUUCGCACUUAAACGAAUCAGUGAAUUCUUUAGAUCCUCUUAAUGCUAUGGAAAAAUCACUUAAUGAUCAAAUGCCGCAUACACCUCAUACACCUCAUACGCCUCAUACGCCACAUACACCAGGUGGUGGAAACAGUGGUCCACCAAGUGUUCCUCCAGCAUCCCAGGAAUCUACUGGAAAUCUUAAUACAUCUGGUAAUACAAACAUAAACAAUGAUACUGCGGAUAUACCAUCGGAUUUAAAUUUUGAUCCAGCUGCAGUAAUAGAUGGUGAGGGUACAGGUCAAGAAGCUCUAAAUCUUUUGCCAGAUAAUGUUGUGGAUCCAAUGGAAUUACUUUCAUAUUUAGAUCCACCAGAUCUAAAUACUCCACCUAGUAGUGGCGCUAGCAGUGGUAAUCCUUCAUCGAGUGAUGAUAUAUUAGCACUUUUCGAAUAA